GGGGAAAAGGUGUGGAUCAGUAAGCAAGCAGCUGGCUCGAGGCGAAACCAAAAAAUAGAAAUGCCUGGUGUCAUGUUCCUCUUCGCCCUUUGAUUUACAGCCCCUCCGUACAUGUUGUUCAGUAUGGGGGGGGGGGGAGGAAAGGUGUUGGCCAACCAGUUAGAGAAGCUCAUUUUCACCUGUAGGUCUACAAGGUUUUUAGCCCAGACAACAAAAGGACUCAAAGGUCUUAUCACCACAUCUGUUAAUUAAUACCCAGUGUUCCCAGCAAAGUAUAGAGGUUUUAAAAGGCUCCCUCCCCCCCCCCCCCCGCCGCCGCCUCUGUAGCUGUCUCCUCUUCUGUACUUCUGAGUGUGACUCAUGAACUGAUCACAGCCUCGACCCCGCGCCGCCAUGGACAAGAGCAACACCGUGAAGCUCUUCGUGGGCAACCUGGCGCUGGACACCACCCAGGAGGAGCUGUCGGCCAUCUUCGAGCCCUACGGCCAGGUGGUCAGCUGCAGCGUGCUGCGCCAGUUCGCCUUCGUCCACCUGCAGGGCGAGGGCGCGGCCGAGCGAGCCAUCCGCGAGCUCAACGGGCGGGAGUUCCGGGGCCGGAACCUGGUGGUGGAGGAGUCGAGGGGCAGGCCGCUGCACUCCACCAAGGUGUUUGUAGGUAACCUGAGUGGGAUGUGCACCACUGAGGACCUGCAGCAGCUGUUCCAGACGUUCGGGAAGGUUCUUGAGUGUGACAAAGUGAAAGCCAGGCAUUCCUCUUCUGCAGGCUAUGCCUUUGUCCACAUGGAAAACAAGGAAGACGCGCUCCAGGCCAUCGAGGCCCUGCACGGCACCUCCUUUAAGGGACGGCCCCUCUCGGUCGAGCUGUCCAAGGUCCAGCCCAGCAAGCAGGCGCCGACGGGGAAAAUCCCCUGCGUCAACUGCGGGAAGCAGGGCCACUACGCCGGAGAGUGCCCCGUGGGGAAGCCGUCCCUCGAGCAGUAUCAGAGUCAGGCGGCGGUGCUCGCGGCGGCGGCGGCGGCGGCCGCGGGCCUGCCCCUCCAGGUCCAGCAGAGCGUGCACAACUCGGUCUACAACACCUCCACCUUUGACCCCACGUACGCUGCUCUCACCGGGAUCACCACGGGCACGCGCACCGAUGGAAACCCCGUCAAUCCGGCCGUCUACGGCGCCCUUGCCAGCCAGGUGUACGGCGCCAACGUUGCCAAUCAGCUUUACGGAUCGGUGGCCAAUCAGGCGGCUCUCACAUCGGGCGCCACCCAAAUGUACGGCCAGAUGACUCCUAAUAUCUACGGCCAGAUUUCCGCGAAUAAUGCGGCCGCGGCUGCUGCGGCCGCUGCGGCUGCCGCCUACUCCACCCCGGUUUACACCCAAACGAUGGGCAACCAGGUCUACCUGACCGCUGCCCCCGGAUUAGAUAUGCAAACAGCAGCGGCCGCGGUCAACCCGGCCUACACGGUGUCGCCGGCGCUUUACGGCGCCGCGACGCCGGCCUACGCUCACAUAAGCGCCAUGGGAGCGGCGGACCCCACCACGGCCAUCUUCGAGGCGGCCAGGCAGGCGCAUUACUUUGCCCAGGGCCAGCAGGUGGUCGCCGAGCAGCAGGCGGCGGCGGCGGCCGCGGCGGCCAAGUCCGGCGAGAGGGACCGCAGCCCCCUGCGGAGGUCGGUGCCUCUGCUGCCGGACCCCGUGAUGAAGCCGUUCAUGUACCAGAGAGCCAAGCCGCGGCGACCCCUGCUCCCCACUCCAGCCGGUCGGGCGGCGGAAGAGGCAGCCGAGGCGGCGGAGGACCCCAUGGCGAGGUACUACGCAGAGUACUACCAGCAGCUGCAGCAGUAUCCCCAGUUCCAGUACGCCUACCCACCGCCCGGCGCGGUGACGGCCAUCGCCGGCAUGCCGGGGAUGUCGGCCGUCCCCGCCGUCCCCACGAUGUCCGCCCAGCAGGUGGCCACGCUGGACGCCCUCAGGCCAGUGGUCCCCACCGCUGCGGCAAUGGCCGCCGCCAUGGCUGCGCCCAGGGUGUAUGAGCCGCCGUUGCCGCCGCCCACGCGCAAGGAGGCCAUCCUCCGCCGCCCCGAACUCUCCCUUCACACGCCUGAGCCCCCCUUCCGAUAGUUGCACACAACUUUUCUGCCCCCCCACCCCACCCCACCCCACCUCUUCCUCUCUGACCUGAACCCCCAAAACCACCCCCCCCACAUCUCCUCUUCCACCCCCCCAAACUUGAUCACCUUACAGCAGCUAUAUGUGUGUGUGUGUGUGUGUGAGUGUGUGUGAGUGUGUGUGGGGUGGGCUUCUCAGUUUAUUAACCUGCCUUUUUGAGGAACUUGAUCAGCUCACCUUGGUCCUGUUUUUUCACACGCACAGUGCAGCCAUGAAAGGGAGUUUCUCAUCUGUUGAAAGGGCAUUCUUUGUGCAUCUCAGUUGUUUUUUUUUUUUUUUGUUUUUUUUUUAAUCGUGCCAGUCUCACACUUGUGCCAGUAUUAGACCGACCCAGUCAGUCGUUUCAUAUGCCUUUUAUUCCCCGCAACCCAGUUAUGAUUUUUCUACGGCCAAAUCUACAAUCAAAGACACUGUUUUCUUUUUCUUUUUUUUUAAACCUAUUAUAGCCAUCUUCUUUUGGGCCUAGAGGAUCAGUAAAGGGCAGCUAAUUUCAAACCUUUUUUGCCUUAUGUUGAAUACUUUUCAAAUUGUAAUGUAAUCAGAUGGAGGGGGGUGGGUGGGGGGGGGGGGGGAGUUUUAACACACAUAUUGUGUACUGGCUGCAUUGCUUUGUCUUAAACAGAACCAAGGACUGUUUUUUUUUUUUUUUUGGAGAGGGGGGGGGUGUUUGUCUUGGAGCGUGUGACGUGGAUGUGUGAAGUGUAAAAGAGAGAUACUGUAUGUGCGGGCUUUUUGACCUUGCAGCGCACAAAAACGCAACAGCUUAGACUGCGCCUUGCUGAGCGAGCGAGAGAGAGAGAGAGAGAGAGAGAGAGAGAAAAAAAAACAACUUAAAGCACACAUGAUACGUACUGUAUUGUAUUUUUUGGAUCUCUCUUUGAAUCCCAUCUCCCCCCCCUCCCCUUGUACUUUUAACUUCAAACACACUGGAAGACACUGCUUCAUCUCUCUUUCCUCACUACAGCUGCCUACCUCUUGACAGUUAAUUUCAGUGUAGAGUCUACUCCAUUUCAUACCUUGUGAAGGUACAAGGUGGACCGUUAAAAGGGGGGGGGGGGGGGGAGGGGGGGGCAGACUCAGACUUUUUUGUAGAUAUUCUGUAGUAAGUCCUCCUACGUGUUCAGAGGCCUUGUUUUAAACGUAUUUGUUUUUGUUUGUUUUUUAAUGUAGUCUUCAUGUUUUACCAGUCGACCCUGGGGUGUAAAGAGUUAUAUUUAAAAAAAAAAAAAAGAAACCCUCGUGUGACUACUGACUGAGCUGUUUACAAAUGAUCUUUACACUGAGUCCUAGGGAAUCAUGAUAUGUGACGAGCUUGAACUAUGUGCCUAUAAGCUUUGAGUGAAGUGCAUUAAGUGGAGCGGUCUCCUCUUUUUUUAAAGUGCUUUUGACUUUUUCAUAAUUUCAAACGGGCGGGAGGGGGGGGCGUGGGUGGGUGGGGGGUUAUGGUGGCUCAAUGGAGCUCAGCAUCCAGAGGGCUACAAGCAGUAAAAGCUUUCUCGUGGACUUGCACACUUUUUAGAUCUUUUUUUCAUAUCAUAGUGUUUUUGAAACAAAAAAAAAAGCCACAAACUUGAGCCGCCUCGAGGGGGGGGGGGGGGGGGGGGGGGUGUUCGUAAAAAUCAGCCGCUGGUUUGAAGCAGGAAAACGACAGUGAUAGCACCAAUGAAGUGAGGGAUGGCGCUGUGUCUUCCAGUCUUGUCCCCAACUUUCCUACUUUUUUUCCCCCAAAUAAAAACCAGACUCGCUUCGGACUGUUAACGCAAAAAAUGUACAAGUGUCGUUUUAAUCCAGUUAUUGGAUAAAGUAGGCGGGGUUUGCUCGCUGGGUACAGGUACCUGCGGACUUGAACGCCACCCACUCGCUCCUACAAUCAUUUUUAAAACAAAAACACUUGGAUUUUUCUGCCACUACUUUUUGACAGCAGUCUGAUGCGCACACAGUCAUCACCUUACUGCCUCGCUGUUCCCCCCCCCCCCCCCCCCCCGCCCCCUCUCCCCUGUGUGGUUUUUUUUAGUGGUUAAGUGACUUUUUGCAUCUCACAGUGUAAUCUUUCUGUGUUGUAUAUAUACAGACACAUGCCAGUUGCAUCCUUUGUAGAAUUCUGUGGUUUGCGAAAAUGUCUUGUUUGCCAUGUUUGAGACCGUAUUUUUUAGACGAGUAUUUUAAUUUAGCCUUUUUUUUUUUUUAGUAAAAAGACAAAAAAAAAAAAGAAACGUAAAAAAAAAAAUCAGCAUGCUUUUUAUUGAGAAUAUGUAUUCUAUAAUCAUUAUUAUAAUAAAGAAUGUUUGGCUGACUAGUGUGGCAAAAGAAAGCAAGGGUUUUUUUCCCCCUUCUUGUUUAUGUUUCUCUUGUUUCUCUUGUGUAAAAUCGACCACCAGACCCUUUUGACUGGGGAGCCAGGGGGGACACAGGUGUAGAUGCUGGCCCAGCUUUGCUCUCUUUGGUCAGGGUAAGUGUGGGUUGGUGCUCCUAUCUCUCUCCAGCCUCUCAAACUUAAGGUGCAAACCCCGAAAUUUACGGAAGAGGUAUGCACUUUGACCAAAUCAGUAUUUUUUAAUUCUGGCAACUUUUCAGAAAAGGUCUUUUUAAAUUUCAUGUUAGAGCAUACUGGAUGUUCUCCACACUGUGAAACAAACGUUGAGAGCUGGGGAGAGGCACACAGAUAGAAUGGCCUGGGUGCAUUUUGAUCUGUGGAGCCAGUCCUGUUCCUGGGGGGGGGCGGUGGGGCGGGGCGGGGUUUGAUGGGUGUGCGUCUUGGUCUGGUCUGGUCUGGUCUCUCUCCCCCCUGCUGCACCAAAUUCUCCCCUCUCUCCGUGUGUCUGUGUCCACUCUACUCUCAAAAAAAAAAAAAAAAACCUUGCAUGUGUGAUAAUCUUUGUUACUUUGCCGCUCAAAAAAAAAAAAAAAAACAGUCCCCGCGACAGUCCAGCUCUGAACUAA